GCGUUAUAAAUACUGGGUAAUUUAACGGCUUCUUGAGCAAGCCUUUCUUUCCUUCUUCUCUUCGUCUACUUUCUAUAUUUCUCUUCCUCCUCCUCGUCUUCUCAUGGAAGCUCUUUCUCAUCCAAAGCCAAUCUGGUUCUGUCCAAAAACUGGAAUUUACACCAGCAAACACUCCCCAAUUCCUCUUACCCAAAACCCACUUCAAGACUUGGUCACUUUCCUUUUCUCCAAACCGCACAAGGGAGAAAAGGCCCUCAUUGACUCCCUAUCCGGUCUCUAUUUCUCAUACUCUGAUAUCCGCUCCAAGGUCGAAGCUUUGGUUUCUGGUCUCCAUCAGGUUGGGAUUUUGAAAGGCCAAGUAGUCCUCAUCCUUCUUCCUAACUCCAUCUUCUUCCCUAUCGUACUCCUUAGCGUCCUCUCCCUUGGCGCCAUCAUUACCACCAUGAAUCCCCUCAGUAGCCCCCAAGAGAUCAAGAAGCUAACCGCUGGUUUGAAUAUAGGCCUAGUUUUCGCCCAAUUGGAGAAAGUUGGAACCUUGGAUUCAUUGGGUGUUCCUGUUGUUUCUGUCCCAAGUGAUUUGAAUUAUGAUUCGUCAAAAUUUACAUUUUUUGAUAAGAUGAUUUCUUGCAAGCAACAAAUUACUUUCAGGCCUGUGAUUCAGCAGAGUGACCCUGCAGCCAUACUCUUCACUUCUGGCACAUCUGGAUUUAGUAAAGCUGUCAUCUUGACUCAUGGGAACUUCAUUGCCAUGGUUGAGCUUUUCGUGCGGUUCGAGGCCUCACAGUAUGAGAAGGAGAGCUGGAAGGAUGUUUAUCUUGCUACAAUACCAAUGUUUCAUGUGUAUGGAAUGUCAUUGUUUGUGUUUGGAUUGCUAUCUCUUGGUUCCACUAUUGUUGUUAUGAAGAGAUUUGAUGCUCAUGAGGCAAUUAGAGCCAUGGAUAGGUAUGAAGUAACUCAUCUUCCACUUGUUCCACCAAUAAUGGCAGCUCUCAUAAAGACAAAGGAUGCCACUGGGUGUGUUCUGAGAUCAUUGAAGCAGGUUUCAUGUGGGGCAGCUCCACUGAGUCAAAAGCUGAUCAAGGAGUUUUUAUGUAGAUUUGAACAUGUUGAUUUGAUUCAGGGAUAUGGCAUGACUGAGUCGACCGCAGUCGGAACUCGCGGUUUCAAUAACAAAAAUUGCAAGAAAUAUACAUCUUCAGGGCUCUUAGCUCCAAAUAUGGAAGCCAAAGUGGUUGAUCAGGAAGACAGAAUAUUUUUGCCUCCUGGCAAAAUGGGAGAAUUAUGGUUACGUGGACCUGCUAUUAUGAAAGGUUACUUAACUGAUGAAAAAGGGACAGCAUCUAUAAUCGACAGAAAUGGUUGGUUGAAGACAGGGGAUAUUGGUUAUUUUGAUCAUGAUGGAUACUUAUUUAUCGUCGAUCGUUUAAAAGAUGUAAUCAAAUAUAAGGGGUUUCAGGUAGCACCAGCUGAUUUGGAAGCUGUGCUGACUUCCAACACUGAAAUCAUCGAUGCUGCAGUGACAUCUGAUUUGGAUGAGGAAGCAGGAGAGAUUCCUGUUGCAUUUGUAGUUAAGAGACAUGAUAGCAAUAUUUCAGCUGCUGAGAUAGUAAAAUUUGUAGCUAAGAAGGUGGCUCCAUACAAGAAGGUGAGGAGAGUGGUGUUUGUUCAGUCUAUUCCUAGAACUGCUGCAGGAAAGAUAAUGAGAAGAGAACUCAGAAACUGCUAUUGUGCCUCCAAAUUGUAACAUUUAUUUUCCAAAUGAAGCAAUUUUUUAGUAUAAAAAUUUCAAAUUAAUUUUUUUUUUUACUAAAAAACUACUUUAUAUAACAGUAAGCUGAAAUCAUAUUUAGAAUUUGAUGUUUAGAUGCUAUAUUAUUAAAAUUAGUGAGAUGUCUGAUUUGAAUUUAAUGGCAA